UAGGUCAGUCCAGCACUCCAGCAGCGUCAGCUACUCAACUCCAAGGGACACGCGCCGGCAAGGGCCGCAGCACCCUGCCCGGCUGUCUCUUCAUCUUUUCUCCUCUCCACUCCUCACUCUUUUCCUCCCCUGGAUCCCCUUUCUUGUCAAGCUCGCCGGGGACGCCGCUGCUUGCCGUUGCAACGCCAGCCAUUGGCACCGGCGGGAUCCGCCAGCCGUCGGUCCGGAUCGACGCUCACGCCUCCGGCUCCGACAUGCACGCCCGUUGGACGCCGCCGUGAACCACCUCGCUUCUCCGGUACGUCUUGAACCAAGGUCGCCUUUCUCGGUCCGUUGGCCGCUGUUGCGACGCUGCCGCGGUCAUCCUCCUCCCCGAGCAGCUCUAGGGGCCGUGACGGGCUCCGCGUCGUCCGCGUCUCCUCUGGACCACGGACUCGAAGCCGUGGGUCCCUCCUACUUCUUCCUCGACCGCUGACCGCCAUUCACGCCGUCCGAAACUUGCUGCCGUCCGUCCUCUCGCCUCCCUGCUCCGUCCGACCCCGCCACGAACAGCAAGGCGUAUGCUACAGGUCAAUUUGGCUACCUUGAUUGAUUAGAAUUUGAUCGUAAGAAAGGUGGUGCGUUUGAUCCUCACCAACGCACAUAAUUUUUGCCAUGGGGUCAUGCCCAGCCAGGCCCAUCUGAGCGACGGAAGUACCCAGGCGGCAGCCCAACCAAGCGGCGUUCCAGAAAAUCGAACACGACGUACGAAGAAUUACCAGACGGACGGACGGGUAGAAGCAGUUCCCUUUUAUUAUUAGGCGAGGGCACCUGUUGAGCACCUAGUCGGGCAGUUUGCUUUCGGCAUGACUAACUUGCUUGGGAAGUUGGUUGAUGGUUGGACGUCACUUAAUGGUUCUGAUAGCGACGCGGUUGUAAGGCAGUUCACAUCAUUUGUUGGAGAACAGACACAUCGACCAACUGGUUGCCGUGGCCGAUACGACUACAACAGCUCUCAGGAACUCCCUGACACGCAAGAUGAGCUAGAUGGAGAUGGUCUUGGUGGCGUGGAUGCUGGUCUCGACAAGGACGGUGACGAUGACAUGGAGUAUGUGCCACAUGACAUCGACGAUGAUGAACAUGAUGAAGUUCGUGUAGGGGGUAAGAACGAUAAGGUUGCACCAAAAGUUCUGCAUCGGAAGGAGGCAUUGAUCCAACUAUUGUGAGAGACACGGGGGUUUCGCUCUCAAAGAGGGGCAGGGCUGCAGACGAUGAUGGCCAAGGCUCUGUUGGCAAGAGGUGUAGGACCGAUCUCGUAGCUUCUUGGAGGAGUGAGGCGACAGCUGGUGGACGAUCAGUUAAGAAACAAGCACCCACGCCAACCCGUGUUUUUGCCCGAUUGAACAAGGGGGCUCCCACUGCUGGUGCCACCACUUCCACUAGGUCGUCUCCUCGCACAUCAAUGUCCAACACCGGGGAUCCUGUCGUGCUGCAAGACUUGAGGAAGACAAUCAAGAAGGUGAAGAAGACUACUACACGCUCAACCAAACGCACUACCAAAGACCCACUUGAACGCAUUCACUCUAAGUUGUCGACAAGUGGUAAUGCAGAUAUUAAUGAGCCGCCAGUCGACAAAACUGUUGCUGCACCGUCCAUUGUUCCCACUAGCUCUGAUUCAAGCGGCCGCCCAUCUCCGCCGGUUGCAGAUGUGCAGACCACAACAACAACCAUCCGUAUAUCUGGGAGUGACGAGUCAGUAUCUGUCAGGACUGCUGAGAUACUGCUCACCCUGGUGGCAAUGAGGGAUGCUAUUGUGACCCAUGCCACCAAAUCAGCAAGUGUUGAAGUGGACGCUUUCGAGCUCAACCUAAACAAGGAAGAUUCACGCUCAUCUGAUACGGAUUCCAAGCGUGUGGCCGGUGGCACUUCUGUGUCCAAAAAAGAAGGGGCUGCGGCCACAUUUCAGAAUGAUAGGCCAUCCACAGACGAGACUCAUUGCACAACGGCUCCAGCGGCUGGUGGUCCAAAGGCUGCUACUGCGACCGUUGCGCGAGCUGGUCUGCCACCUAGGCGGCGUAGCCCCCGCAAGCAUCCUGCACAGAUAUCCAAUGCACCAGAGGUUGCUAAGAGCAGCAAAGGUGACUCUGGUUACGUGCCUGCUUUCACACUGUUCCCACCUCCUGCCAAAAGCAAUGUUAUGGAGAAAACGAAAGUCCGGAAUACAACAGACGCAGGUGGUAAGCCGUGCACGACUGAAGGUGGUGAACGUUCAGAGCAGACUGUGUCUUUCACCGCCGUGGAGAACACCAGCUUAAAUCUGCGCACUUCUAAGCUUCCUGUCAACAUUGGUGUUCCCUAUAGCCCAAACAGGAAAAUAGGCAAGAAAGUUGUGAUUGAGACCGCUGACAGCACGCCCCGCCCUACUAAUAAGCCUGAUGAUCCUACAGCAGACGAGGCAAACAUGUUUGUUGAUCUGUCACCUCUAUAUUUCUGCCAAACAAUUUGUUCGCGAUCCGACUGGUAGGCAGGAGAGGCACCCGAUGGCUUUCACCCCACCGAGCUUUAGUCUUGGUAAGAUCGCACUUAGGAUGAACCAGUGGCGCAUGAUCCUGUGCCUAUUGCCUUUGCUUUCCCGGCAGGCACGGCCCCAAUGAUGGCGCAGCCAAUGGCUGAUGGCAGGAAAGCUGUGAAGUUUGCAGAGCCGAUAGUGCAAGCCACCCCUGAGGAGAUUUCGCCCUCACUCGAUGAAGCUUACCGUAGGAUUGAGGAGGAAGCAUUGGAGAAGAGGUCCUCACGGGGUGAGGGGCAAUCAAGUUCUAACAUGCCUGCUGAGUCAGUAUUCGAGGAUACCGUUAGAAGUGCCACCCCUGGAUCUGUGAGGCAGAAUAGGAUAGUUCAUGCACCACCCGUGGAUGACUAUGAGCCCGAUGUUAAGGCCACAAAAGAGCAGAACCAUCUGUACGAUAUUGUCAAGCGUUUCGGAAAUGCGAGGUUGAACAGCAAGCACAUGAAGGAGCUGAAAGCGUCAUAUUCCCGGAGCUUGCAUCAGACAACCCAGAUGACAAGUGUGGUCACCACUACGCGAUUUGCCUUGACCUGAAGAACCAACGAUUUGAGGUGCUUGAUUCAAUCCGUUCAGGAGAUGAUGAAGACCUUACUACACAUGCUGAAUUCUUUAUCAACAACCUGAAAGAGACAUGGAGCCGUCAUUACGAAAACUCAAAGGUCCAGAUCAGUCAUUUUCCAAUCGAGUAUGUCAUGACUGUGAAGCAAGGAAACGGAUAAUUACUAUCUUUUUUCAUGUGUCCUCCACAUCAAUCCGAAACCUUAUCACCUCUGCAUUGAAGUUUAUCAUAUUUUCUAUUGGCACGAGUUCACCUGUUUCUUUCGUUAUAGGCAUGACUGCGGCUUUCACAUGUUGGAAUACCUUGCAAAGUGGGAAGGUCGAUGGGUCCCUGUGAUCACAGCUGCAAUGGUCGUUGAGCUCCGUAAAAUAUAUACAUGGAACUAGUUGAUGAAUGAAGAUUUCAACACACGUGCUUCAGCACGAGAGUUCAUAGAGGGAGCUGUCAAAACUGCCAACAAGAAGUACAAGUGAUCAUGUGAUGCUCCAUACGCAUGCCUACCUUACAUUCUGUGGCUGAGGAAUGUAAGGUAUCACCUUGUUCUUUAAACUAUGUCUGUGUGCUAUGUUAUGACUGCAUCCCCCGUAGCUCUAGUACAUAGUGGUGGCGUGUGUGUGCCAUUGAAUAUUUGUAAUAUAAGUGUGGAUAUGAACCUGCUUAGGUGUGACAACAACUACCUUUAUGUUCACUACUAUUAUGUGUUUUGUGAUUG